AUUAAAUAUUAAAUAUUGAACUUGAUUAAUUUACUAAAUUAAGAGGAAGCAUGUUUUAGCCAAAAUUGCACCACAUACCAACAGUUUUUGUUUUCUAUCUGCUGGGUUUUUGACCUCCCCCCUGAAGUCCCUAAAGAGGGUCAAACGACCCUGAUACCAAACUAACGACUCUGAUGGCUCAAAUUAGGAUCCCUUCUUCAAUUGUAAAUGUGGCCGUUGACCGUCAGGCCAGAAGGUAGGAGUGGAAAAUCAUACAAAAAGUGUAAACAGAAGAGAUCUGGAAGACUUUGCACAUGUAAAUUUGCAUGCAGCCUUUUGUGCUGUGGAGUAUAAAUAAGGGACUGCUUCACCUAUUUAGUUCACAAGAAACAAAAUGCAGACGAGGUGCACCACUCAGAAGGCAUUGGAACUGAUUCAGAGCAGUGCCAGCCCUUGGGAUUCAGAUGGAGAAGACAUAGACCUUCAACCGGAUUCGGACUCUGAGCUGUCUUCAGAUGAGGAGACUCUCCCUCCACCACAAAAGAGAGCUCGUUUGGGGAGUGAGCCGUCACAGACCGCGAAAGAUGGCACAGUGUGGCGUGAAGAACAAGUGGGGACACAUCUCGAUUUCACUCCAAUAGAACCGUACGCCACAGAUGGAGAGCCAAGCGCUGAGGCCAGACGAAGUAUCCAGAGUCGCCUUCAGAGCUUCCUCUGUUUUAUCACUCUUGACAUGCUUCGUAGCAUUCAAGAAUGGACAACUCAACAUGCACGUCAGGAGCAGCAGGAUUGGUUCAUGGAUCUCCCGGAACUAAUGGCAUUUAUUUCCGUCGUCAUCUUGCGGGGGGUGAACAAGGUUCCAUCGCUAUGUGACAGCUGGUCAGCAAACCUGGGAAACCCAAGGAUCAUUGCAACUAUGGCCCGAAGCCGCUUCCAAAACAUCAUGCGACACCUACGCUUUGAUGACAUGCUUACACGCAGUGAGCGAGCGGAGACCGAUAAGUUUGCUGCAAUCUCCGAUGUUUGGGGAUCGUUUGUCACUAACUGCAUCGCAUCCUACAACCCCGGUCGACACAUCACUAUUGAUGCACAGCUUUAUCCAUCAAAGGCUCGCUGCUGUUUCCUGCAAUACAUUGCAACAAAACCGGACAAGUUUGGCAUCAAGUUUUGGGUGGCUUGCGACUUGAAAUCACAGUACAUCUGUAAUGCCUUCCCAUAUCUUGGCAAGGACCCCAAUCGUCCCAGUGGGGAGAGAGUGUCCGAAACUGUAGUGAUGAGGCUGAUGGAACCGUUCAUGGACAAGGGCAGAACUGUAACCACGGACAAUUUCUUUACAUCACUGUCACUUGCACAACGACUGCUUAGCCGGAAAACCACUAUCCUCGGCACAGUCAACGAGAGAAGCCGGGAAAUUCCUCAAUCCGCUAGGCAGAUGGAUCGCACUGAAUUCACCACUCAGGUGUUUUCAACCACUGGUGCCACGCUGACGGUGUAUGCGCCCAAAAGGAAGAAGGCCGUUUACGUUCUCAGCAGCAUGCACAGCGUGGUUGAGACUGAGGAUACCACCAAAAGGAAGCCAAACACGGUCACGGAUUACAACAAAACAAAGUGCGGAGAGACGGGUGGACUUCCUGGUGGAGCUCGCAAAAGAGUUGGCUAA